AUGUCUGUGCCUAUAAAAAUUAAAAUUAAAAUAGUUUUAUUAAUGGCCAAAUUUGAGUCACCUGUAGCUGUGAGACGACAGCUGCAAACCGAAUUUGGUACAAACGUAUCAACUAAAACUUGUACUACGAAAAUAUUUGAACGCUUCUGUGAAACUGGCACAGUGGAAGAUCGAGAACGUUCUGGAAGACCAUCAAAAAUUACAGAAGAAAAAGUUGAUGAAGUGCAUGAUGUUUUUUUGAAAGUGAACCACAAUCAAGUGUUCGAGCUGUCACAAUGGCUUGCUCCAUUCCUCGAACAACAACUGAUAGAAUUAUGCGUGGAUAUAUUUCUCUAA